GUCCUUUCGAAUUUUUUUUUCCUACACGUAUCUCUCUUCGCUCUUUCUCAUUCCCCCUAACCCCUCCCCCUACCCCCUCCUCCCCUCCUUCGCACACGUCAACCAGGCUCUCUCCCUUCUUGCUGCCGCCCCUUCACUUCCAACCGCUGCUGGCCUGGCCUUGCAUUUCACUCCAGUGUUCGAACCAAGAAAAAACCAGUGUAGCACGUCACCAUCGCUUUCAACCCACUCUUCCACUCUUUCCCCCGGCGACCUUCCACUUCUGGUUUGGGUUUUUGUUUUGUUUCACUCGUCUCCAUUUCGCUCGGAAACGCACCGACUGACUGACUGACCGACCGACCGACCGACCGACUGACUGAAACUGGGAAUGCGGAGCACACUGACAACUGCGCUCGUCUAUGCGCUCGGAUCCAAUCAAGACCGAGCCGGAAUUCGAGUCGCAGAGCAACAACAACAACAACAAGAACAACAAGAACAACAACAGCUGGACGGUGGGUUGCAGUUGCUGGAUCAGAUCGACUUGAGGCAGCUCGCGGCACUUGCGUCGUCGUCCUCCUCGCUGGGCAACUCGACCGACAAUGGCAACGAAUCCAAGUACGACGAUGUCCGACUCGCUGCAUUCUGGAUUGCUGGAGCGUUCGCGAUCGUAGCCACCAUCCUCUCGCUGCAUAGCGUGUACAAACACAUGACCAACUAUCGUCGGCCGGAUUUGCAGCGGCGCAUUGUUCGCAUUUUGCUGAUGGUUCCGAUUUAUGCCAUCGACUCUUGGUUUUCGCUGCGAUUUUCCAGCGCCUCAAUCUACCUCAACACAUUGCGUGAUGUAUACGAAGCCUACGUCCUGUACCAAUUCUUCCUGCUGCUGGCUUCGUUCCUGCAUGGCGAGCAAGAGCUGGUGCGAAUUCUCGGCAGCAAGCCACCGUUGAACCAUCCAUGGCCGAUGAAGUACUGCCUACCUCCGAUGCUCGUCUCACAUCCGCAAUUCUUUACGCGAUUGAAGCAAGCUCUUUUGCAGUUUGUCAUCAUCAAGCCGCUGCUUGCCCUGAUUUCUAUUGCUCUCGAGCCAUUCGGGUUGCUUGACGAAGGUCACUGGGUGAUGAAUCGCGGCUACCCGUACAUUUGCUUUUUCGACAACCUCUCCAUCACGAUCGCCUUCUACGCGCUUGUCGUCUUUUACUCGGCGCUGGGCGAGGAGCUCAAGCCGUUCAAGCCCUUCUUCAAGUUCUUGUGUGUCAAGCUCGUCAUCUUCUUCUCCUUCUGGCAAUCUGUCGCCAUUUCGGGCCUUGUUGCCAUUUCGGUCAUUCACGAUUUCGGGCAGUACACGGCCGAGAAUGUCGCCACGGGCGCGCAGGACUUUCUCAUUUGCAUUGAAAUGUUGGGCGCGGCCAUCCUGCAUGCAUACGCCUUCCCUUACAAGGAGUACGAAUCCAUGAUGAACACGUCGCGUCUGCCCUUCAAGUACACGUUCUUUGACAUUUUCACCAUUUCGGAUGUCGUCGACGACACCAGCGACGCCUUCAACAUUCGCCGAGGCCGCAACUAUGGCAAGCUCAGCGCGAACGGCGAGCCUCUUCCCUUUGACGAUGUCGAGGACAAUUCUGACACCGAGUCUGACUUUGCCCACGCAAAGAAUGCAGCACCUCUGGACGCGAACGACGCCUUGUAAUGCGGCAUUCAUUUUCAUCCUCGUCUUUCCGUUUGUUUUUUUGAAGGGCGAGGUGAUAGUUUUGCAUUUUGCCUUUUCGUUGUAUGUCUGUCCUUUCGUUGCCUGCGCGUCUGUCUGUCGUGUUUUCGAGGGAUGUAGGUUGUUGUGUGUCCAUGUGUAUUUUUUGUGUGUAUUUGCUGUCUUCAAAUUCAUUGAAUUACUGGUUGUUGCAAUGACUCGUUUGUGUACACCUUCAAACCUUUCAACAAAAAACAAAAAUAAAACAAUCCUGUGAA